AUGGAAGAAGGGGAGAAGAAGAGAAAGUCUGAGAGAGACGGCGACGAUGGCGUCUCCGCCGCUAUGAAAAAGAAGCGCGGGAAAGAGGAGGCUGAUCAGCCGGCUGCGGAGGAGGUGGCGGAUGAAGAAGUGGAGGAGUUCUUCGCGAUCCUACGGAGAAUUCAUGCGGCGGUUAAGUACUUCGCUAAGGGUGGGGAUGGCGGCGCCGGCGGGAGCGGCCGGAAAAUGAUUCAGGCGAUCGGACGGGAGGAAAGUAGCGGCGUUUUGGAUGAGAAGAAAAGGGAAGAUGAUGAGGAGAGCAAAGGUUUUGAUCUGAAUGCGAUUCCUAACGAUGAUGAUAAUACUUAA